UUCCCAGCUAAUUCCAUUGCUCGCUUUCGCAAGACUCUUUCUUUCUCCCUUUCCCCCUCCGUCGCCUCAACCCAAGCCAAGGUAACCGCCAUAGCCAACAAGAACCUACCCCGGCACGCACGGCUGCACGUCGUCGCCACCGGCGCCGGUGAGGGCUGAGAAACCGAGAAGAGAUGGAGGUCGGCUGCGGCGCGGCCGGCGGGGCGGACGGCGGCAAGAAGCAGCAGCAGCCGCGCCAGUUCGCGCGGUCGCUGACGUACCACCACCACCAGGGCCACCGGCUGAUGCCCAAGUGGCGCCGGCCGCAGCUCGCCGACGAGCCCCGCGCGCGGCCGCAGGCGGUGGUGCUCUACACGACGUCGCUGCGCGGGGUGCGGCGCACCUUCGCCGACUGCUCCGCCGCGCGCGCCAUCCUGCGCGGCUCCCGCGUCGCCGUCGACGAGCGCGACGUGUCCAUGGACGCCGCGCUGCGGCGCGAGCUGCGGGGCCUGCUCGACGCGCGGGGCCGCGCCUUCUCGCUCCCGCAGCUCUUCAUCGGCGGCCGCCUCGUCGGCGGCGCCGACGAGGUCCGCCAGCUGCACGAGUCCGGCCAGCUCCGGCGCCUCCUAGAGGGCGCCGCGGGACAGGACCCGGCCUUCGUGUGCGACGCCUGCGGCGGCGUCCGCUUCGCCCCCUGCCCCGCCUGCGCCGGCAGCCGCAAGGUCUUCGACGAGGAGGAGGACCGCGUCAUCCGCUGCGGCGACUGCAACGAGAACGGAUUGGUGCGCUGCGCUAAUUGCUCUUCUUGAUCGCCCCCUCCCCCGCUCGAUUCGCGCUGCUAAUUUGAAGGAUUAUACUAGGUGGUUAGAUUCGUCGUCAGAGAGGCGCAUUUCGGUUUCUUGCUGUUCUUGAUUUCUGUGUUCUAAUUCAGUCCGACGAUUUGGGUAUCGGAUUAGCAGCUCAUGGAAAAGAACGAAUUGUUCUUCUUGGAUCCUAGCUGCGGAAUUGCCAUCGCGGUGAUGGCGAUUGAGGAAUAAGAGCCGGUGCUUGUAUAUGUGUGUAAAAAUUGGCACUGAUAUUAGCCUGAUUGAUAAUGUAAGCGAACAACUAAUUACUGUAAGUAAAUACUUGAGCUUUGAGUUA